AUGUUUGAGGAGCAGCUUGGUCACCUGAUGGAACAAAGAAACAACUUUGAGGUGCGUAACAUCUCCUAUCUCUACAGCAUGGAUGAUGCUAUGUGUGAUCGAAGCCCGAAUGCCGCACCAACUUUCCUCUCUGAAAGAUCAGUUUGUCCCUGGGAAAUUGACUGGGAUGUAAAGGAACAUCGAUAUCCUCCGGUUCUGGCCUUUGCGAGGUGCCGAUGUAGUAGGUGUUUUGACAGUUUCGAAUGUCGGCCCGUUUACUAUCGUAUUCCAGUGCUAGAGAGGGAGUGUCUCCAGGGAACAAUGCAGUACAUCAAAGCUUAUGUAGCCGUACCUGUGGGGUGUGUGUGUGUGGAGCCGCGAGUACGACGUAUGAAAAAAAGUUAUUUUAUGAAGAUGCUGAAAUCAAGAUUCGACCUGUUGCAUAGAAAUGACCGUUUUCUCAAAGAUGUUAUCCAAAAAAGUGAAAAAUUCUAA